GAAGUUGAGUGUAUGUUACGGAUUCAAAAUAUCAUGCUUGGACUUCUAGUGGCAUUUACCGAAUCUUCUUAAUUUAGCCUCUGUUAUCGCUGACUUAUUUCAACGUUUUUCAUCAAUCAAAUUAAUUUCGUUUUGUAUACUAACUGAACGGUUGUUCAUCUUGUCUUUCUCUACAGCCAUAUUGACUCAGUAAACACUGUACUCUCCUCCAACACUCAAUAUAAUCUCAGGAUAAAUGCAAACCGCUACGACAUGUUGGUUUCUAAUGUGAAUGGUGAAAAGACUAGAAGAAAGCAGUGAAAUCGUUGACAGAUAUUAUGAAGACCCAGCACCUGAAAUAUACCGUCUGAACAUCAAAAAGCCCUUAAAUCACAGUUUUCUGACUUUUGGAAAUUCAUCGUCCCUUUCCAUUUACUCCAGCAGCGGUAACAAUGGGGUUAUCGUUAAGAAAAACGUUUCGCUACGGAAGAACUCUCCACAGCGCUCGAAGCUCUGUAUAAUUUUAUAAUAUGCAUAAAUUACUUGAAAAAGUGAAUAUAUGUGGCUCCUGGUGCAACGUGUCUUACGCCUUAGAAGGAAAGUCACCGCCUGCCCGUGUUGGUCAUUCAACUCAUGCUGUACGAAUGAAAUGUGGAAACACUGGCAACCGACCAUUGAUUAUGAUGAUCGGGGGUGCAGAUGCUUCCGGAGUAUUUAAUGAAGCCUACAUUCUGGAUAUAAUAUCAUUUAUGUGGUACGCUGUUGAUUUGGAACAGACAAUUGAUUUUCCAGGUUUGGGAAGAUAUGAACAUAGCAGUGCAAUUUUAAACAAUCAGGAAUUAUUAAUAUUUGGUGGUGCAACGAAAACAGAUCCUUUGAGUCAAAUACUCCGUCUACAAAUUCAUUGUCUAUCAACGCCAGAAAACCCAUCAAUUUAUGAAAAGGCCGAAAUCACUGCAAGUUUAACUCAAGAUCGCAUUCAUACUAAUAUUCAACAAUUCAUCUAUCAUCCUCGCACACAACACUCUUCUGUUUCACUAACUGAAUAUAAUCAACUCAUAGUAUUUUCUGGUGGGAAUGUUGGUAGUCAGCCAGUGUCAGAUGAUAAAGUUUAUAUGUAUGAUAGUGAAAUAAAUUCAUGGAAUAUUAUACCAGUGGAAGGUUUACCACCUUGUUCACGAUUAGGUCAUUUAAUACUAUAUGAGUUUCCUUAUGAAUUAACAAAUUCAAAUUAUGAACGUAUCCCAAAAGGUAAAAUGUAUAUACAUGGUGGAAUGGUCAAUGAAAAACUACUUGAUGAUAUUUAUGCAUUAAAUUUUACUAAUCAAGCUGAUAAUAAUUUACACUUUAAAGGUAUAUGGAAUAAACUAUAUCCGACUGAUAAAUUAUCAUCACUCACUAUUAGUCAUGAUAAUGCGGAAAAUGAAUGUGAAUAUUUGGACCCAAAAGGUAUUGAACUUACACAAACUCCAUCUCCAAGUCCACGUGCUGCUCAUGGUGGAACAAUUUUAACAAAUAAAAUUUAUGGACAGGAUACCAGUAAAAUAUUAAUAUUUGGUGGAUUGUCAUUAAAUGGAGCGUUGAAUGAUAUGUUUUGUUUUGAUACAAGUACUAGACAAUGGACUGAAAUUAAAUAUGGGACUUCUGUAUUACCGAGUCCACGUCUAGACUUUGCUUAUUGCACAUUUUCAUUAAUCGUUAAGAAGGAUACAAAAGAAAAUUCAUCAAUGGAAAUUAUAUUUAAAUCACCAAAAGAUAAUCAAUAUCACGAUGAUAUUGUUAAUACUGAUGAGUAUAAAGAUAACAAUGAUAAAGAUCAAUACUGUCAAGAGUAUUUAUUUAUUCACGGCGGCAUGGAUAGUCAUGGUGCUGUGUUUGAUGAUUCUUAUCUUAUUCUACUAAGUGAAUAUCAACUUUCUAAUCCACUAAAUGCUCAAACAAUUAUCCACCCAAGUUCUUCACAUGGAAAAUGUUAAUUUUUGUUUGAAGUAAAUAAAAUAAUAAUCUGUAAUACACUAUAAUCCCCUCAGUGCAUGAAAUUCUGAAUGUCUAUAUGUAUUUCUGCACAACGUCGGAAUAAUUAAAACCUUAUAAAUCUUUCGUUUUAUGGUUUUUUUAAACUUAAGACAAGUGGAAGUUUCUGUCGACUAGGACGUAAUUCUAACUGGAUAUUCUGUUCUAAAUAUGGAACUCAUUUUUUACCGUUCACCUUUUUAUUUAAAUAAAAUUAUUAAUUAUUCUCCUCUUA